ACAAAUAGUUCCAAAAAGGUUUCCACGUGUCAUCUACUUGACCUUCAAUAAAUAUCUUCUUGGCAUCUCUCUCUCUAAUGGACAUGAUGACCUCCCACAAUUAUCUCUUUACUUUUUUUGUCUUGGGUUGCUUAACUUGCUUUACUCUGCAGUCUCUUCUGCUCUGCUUUUCCCCUGUUGCGUUUCCUUCUCUGCAAAACAAGAGAAAUUAGUCUAUUGAGAAUGAAGGUUUCCAAGGGCAAAGGUCCUGUGAGGAAGGAGAAGAAAGAAGUCUUAAAGCCUGUAGUAGAGGACAGAAAGGUUGGAAAGCGAAAGGCAGCGAUUGAGGCUGACAAGAGCCGCCGAAAACUUGCUAAGAAUGCAAAAUUGGGCAAGAAGGACCCUAACAAACCAAAGAGGCCUGCUAGUGCUUUCUUUGUUUUUCUAGAAGAGUUCAGAACGAUUUACAAGCAAGAGCAUCCGAAUGUGAAAGCUGUGUCGGCUGUGGGGAAAGCUGGAGGAGAAAAGUGGAAAUCUAUGUCUCAUGCGGAGAAAGCUCCAUAUGAAGCUAAAGCAGCGAAAAGGAAAUCAGAGUAUGAAAAGCUUAUGAAAGCUUACAACAACAAAGAGGAGGACACGGAUGAUGAAGAAGAAGAAGUAGCUGAAAGGUCAAAACCCAUUGUGAAGGAUGAUGAAGAAGAGGAGAGUGGAGAGGAAGACGAUGAAGAAGAAGAUGACGAUGAUGAUGAAGAUUGAAACUGGGUACUAUUUUGGUCCAUAAUCUCAAGCCCACGGAAUGGGACUGUGUGUUUACACGCCUUUCGCUUAUGUUAAAUAUGGUUGUUUAUUUGAGUGGGGAAUGCAGAGCCCUUGCAGUACGUCUAUAUAUGUAUGUACCCAAUCCCUACCGUUGUUGUAUAUAUAUCCUGUUUUAAGCAUGCGCAUUGGCCGUGCAUGAAAUCUUACAAUAUUUUCUUCUAUUUUGCUAACAAUCAUUGUGCAAGUUAUCUAUCAAAUAUUUUUGCU